AUGCAACUCUCCCACAUAAGGUAUAGCUGUCCAGAGCUCUUCAGUAGCAACCAUCAAGUCAAGAGAGCCUUUAUAAGUGCGGAAAAAAAGAUGAUUGAUGACAUCAUGGGAACAUCCCAGCCUGAGCCUGGAGGCUUUGUUUACUGCAACCUGAAAGACUUUUCUAUGAAUGUGUACAACAUCAGUGAGGCUGACCUCAACUCCAUAAACUCCAGGAUCCAGCUAAAAGCCCCACAGCUGCUGCCUGAAAACAAGUCAUACAUCCCUGACGUUUGGCUGCCUGCGUAUGCCCUUCGCACUAUCCCAAAGGAGAAGAGGAUCAUUGAGUGGCUCUGGAAAACAGAUGGCUGUGAGACCAAUGGUAGCCAGACUGAGAUCAUUUGCAGCUGUGACCAUGCAACACCUUUUGCUGUCCUACUGAUCAGAGAGCCAAUUGCAGAAAUCCACUGGAAAAUCCUGUCAUACAUCAGUUACAUAGGCUGUGGCCUGUCUGCGUUCUUCACUGCUUUGUCCCUGGUGAUAUAUGUCUUCAGUCGAAAGCACAAACUGCAUUACUCCAUCUCUAUCCACGUUUCUCUGAGCGGGGCCUUGUUUCUGCUCAACUCAACCUUCCUGCUGACCGAAUGGGGGCCCAAAGUGAAGCCGGACUGGGUGUGCGUGUUUAUCGCCGCUUUCAUGCAUUAUGCUUUGCUCUGCUGUUUCACCUGGAUGGCCAUAGAGGCACUUCACCUCUAUCUACUGCUGAUAAAGGUGUUUAACACUUACUUCAAACACUACCUGGUCAAACUGUCUCUUGCUGGAUGGGGGAUCCCUGGUGUAAUCGUAGCAGUCUCUUUGGGAGUGAAGGACUUCAAACAGUUUUACGGAGUUACACAAAUGACCAUUGCUGAUACUAAUCAAACUAAUGCCUUCUGCUGGAUCACUGAUGACUCUUUCUUCUACUCCUUGAACCUGGUGUAUUUCACCCUUAUAUUCAUCUUCAACUCUGGCAUAUUGAUGGCAGUGGCCUCUAACAUCUGCAAGAUGAAACGAGUGUUCAGGAACAAGUCCAAGCUUGGAGUGCAGGCUGAUGGAGAAACAUGGAACGACUCGAGGUUCAGUGAGUCCUGCAGGAGUGGCCUCACUGUGAUGGGUCUUACCUGCCUGAUGGGGACCACCUGGGGCCUGGCCUUCCUGGGCUCAGGAUAUGUCAACUACCCCAUCCUCUACCUCUUCUGCAUCCUCAACUCCACACAAGGUUUCUUUAUUUUCCUGUGGAUCUGCCUGUCGGCCAAGAAGCAGAGGAAGAGAGACAUGGAGGACAAACUGUCCUCUACUCCUGUGAAGUCUUCAGGAGUCAAAUUUGAUUAGACUCCCUUUGCUGCCAUUAGUCCUGAUGAUAAAGGCCUGAUGUAAUCACUGAUAGCAUAGCUGUGCUGGUAAUCCCCAUGUAACCACAGAAACUCCCAUAUGUAACCCUGUUUGAAAUGUCCUUAAACUGUAAAACACUUUUAUCUGUAACUUUAUUAUUAUCCUCACGUAAAUGUACAUUUAUUUUUUAGGCUUAAGUGUCAUUUUAGUGAAGCUCUUUCCUUCACUAACCUACUAUAGAAUUUUGUACCUGUGUUUCUGAAUAAAG